AUGACUUCAGAACCAUCUAAGAGUCGUGGGCCCUUCACGCCUGCACUGUUCAUCGCAUCCAUCAUGACUGCGGUGAACAUUCAGUUGCUCCUCCUCACAGGUAUGUGCUAUCUCUACGGCACUGCCUUCCAUCCAGCAUCUCGAUACGGCAAUCUGAAUAUUGUGGCAAUCAAUUUGGAUCAUGGCGACAUUAGAGCUGCAUUAACUCUCGCGUCCUCCCAAUUUGACGGACGCUAUCACCUCCCGACCGUCAAGAUUGGUUCGAGCCAGGACUACCCCGACCUCGACUCGAUUCGGAACUCUGUCUGCAAAGCCGACUACUGGGCUGCUGUUGUCAUAAACAGCGGCUCAUCCGAUAGAUUCUACGGAAUCAUGAAUGGCUCUAUGAGCAUAGACGAGUACGACCCGGCCGCCGCUGCGACUUACAUCUACAACCAAGCUCGCCAUCCCAAUAUCGCCGACUCUAUCCUACUACCAGGCAUAAACGCACUUGUCAAGGCCACUGCCGAAUCAUUUUACGAGUCUUCCAAUGCCAAGAGUGCACUCAUGAACCUCAACACUUCCAACGUCCUCCUCCCCGCGAUCAAAACCUACCUCAACCCCAUCGGAACGACAGCGGAUCUAAUCCAGCCUACUCCCCAACCCAACCGCUCCUUCUAUAAUACCGUCAACAUGGUUAUACCCCCAUUAGCCCAGUUCUUUUUCAUCUUGGCUCUGAAUGGAAUUAGCAUGAAACUGAACUUCUUUUCCGCGGCAUCAGUACGUGACGUCUGGGUGUUUCGAUUUUGUACUGGCAAAAUAUAUACCCUCAUCAGCGGGUUGUCCAUGUCUGCCUACAUCUAUGCCUACCGAGAGAGUUGGGAUAUUGACGGUGCCGUCUUCUGUAAAUCCUGGAUGCUCUAUUGGCUCCUCAUGGAUAUCCACUGGCAGGUUAUGGAGACCUUGAUCGCUUGCUACAUACCAAUGCAGUUCUCGCCCUUCUUCGUCUUCCCCUGGAUCAUCACGAACGUCUCCAGCACGGUGUUCCCAUACGAGAUCAUGCCUGCAUGGUACAAGAUUGGCUACGCCCUCCCUUCUAGCGGAGUAUACACUUUGAUGAUUCACAUCUGGUCUGGGUGUGGCAGCCAGCUGCGAGUGGCGUUGCCGGUUCUGUUUGUCUGGUGGGCUCUAGGUCAUGUCACGUCGGUUUUUGCUGUGCGCAAGCGGUGCUCUGAUUCUGCCAAGGAACCUUGGUCGUCGAGCGAUUCAAAUUGA